AUGGAUGUGUUUAAGAGCCGGAUGUUGGGCAUCUCCGUGGCCGUGGCGCACGGAGUCUUCUCCGGGUCUCUGAACAUCCUGCUGAAGUUCCUCAUCACCAACUAUCACUUCACCUACCUGACGCUCAUCCAGUUCCUGACCAGCAGCACCGCGGCGCUGACGCUGGAGACGCUGCGGCGGCUCGGGAAGGUGCAGAUCCCGGCGUUCAGCCUGCAGCUGUGCAAGGAGUUCUCCUCGGUGUGCGUCCUCUCCACGCUGCAGUCCACCCUCACGCUCUGGUCCCUGCGUGGCCUCAGCCUGCCCAUGUACGUCGUGUUCAAGCGCUGCCUGCCGCUCUUCACGCUCAGCAUCGGCGUGUGCGUGCUGAAGAACGGCGUGCCGUCCGUCGGCGUGGUGACCGCCGUCAUCAUCACCACCGGGGGGGCCGCACUCGCUGGUGCCGGCGAUCUGACCGGCGACCCGUCCGGUUACGUCACCGGCGUGUUGGCGGUGAUCGUCCACGCCUCCUACCUGGUGCUGAUCCAGAAGACCAGCCUGGACAGCGAGCACGGCCCGCUCACCGCCCAGUACGCCAUCGCCAUCAUGGCCACGCCGGUGCUGCUGGUCUGCUCCUUCAUCUCCAUGGACGCCAUCAGCAUGUGGUCGUACGAGGGCUGGAAGGACCCGCCCAUCACCACCAUCUUCACCUUCUGCGUCUUCAUCGGCUGCGCCAUGAACUUCACCACGCUGCACUGCACCUACAUCAACUCCGCCGUCACCACCAGCUUCGUGGGCGUGGUCAAGAGCAUCGCCACCAUCACCGUGGGCAUGCUGGCGUUCAGCGACGUCUCGCCGACCCGGCUGUUCAUAGGAGGAGUUGCGGUGAACACCGUCGGCUCCAUCACUUACUGCGUGGUCAAGUACUUUGAGACGAGGAAGAAGAGCUUGUACGAGGACCUGGAAGUGGCGGCGAAGGACGAGGCGCUGCCGGGCGAGCCUCACCAGGAGAAGCCGGCGCUGAACGGGGACGGGCCCGGCGCCGGCGUCGGACCUGACGUAGAACCACCGCAGCUCGAUGGAGUGAUGACCAGCGACCGGGCGGAGGAGUCGGCGGCGGCCGGGCUGGUGAACGGACAGGCGUGGACAGGAGACGGGGGUGAAGGAGGCGGGAACUCUCAUGUGAUGACAGAGAAGGAGGUGGUGGAGAUGCAGAGGGAGCACCUCCACAGGGAGAGCUCCGCCCCCCCCGGCCAGGCGCUCAGCGACAGCUACGUCGGCGUGUGGAGGUCCAUCAGACAUCUGCAGUUCAUGAAGAAAGAACCUCUGAUGGAGAACAUGGAGCAGCAGAGUCCGUGA